GCAUACACAGUACAUAUAAUCAAGCAUGGAGGCUGGGCAGCAGAGGCGCCAAGCUGUGCACCACGAGUCAUUCAGGGCAACAGGCACAACACUGCCACGCCCAUCUUGGCAUGCUGACAUCCGACGUCACCAUGAUUGAUCUUUGGGCAAGUCAGGUACACAGCUCAGCGCAUUCCAUCCGAUAUCCGUUGGAUGGUGGACAGAUCGUCCGGCAGGUCUCUCUCGGCAUUGAUUUUAGUGUCUCGGGGGACAGGCCCAGCGCUAACUUGCAGCACAUGUACACAUGUACUAUUGUAGCAAGUAAGAACGAACGGACUAAUAAGAUCAACUCCACCAGCCAACUCAAUCCAGCCAAGACAACCAGUGGUCAUAGGAUCGUGAAAGGGUAUGUCAGCCAAGAAGCCCUGAGUUCAUACGCGGUAGGACCUCCAUGCCUCCAGCUGCCCAUGCCCGGGCCGAGGGCGGAUCAGCCCGCCCAGCGCCACUCCCACAGCCUCACGCACUCUAUGGGGUGGAGAUUUGUUGGGUAUGCUUGCCAGGCGCAUGAGAAUACUUCUUGCCCGUCAAAAGUGGAGCCUCAAGUGUGAACUUUCUGAUAACUUACCGAUGGUGAGACCUACUGAGCACGGCCUCCGCGUCAAAUCACGACUGAGUGGUGACUACCACUAUCUAAACAUCUGGCGGGAACUGAAGAUUCUCUCCAUAGAAAGAGCUAGUAAAUGCGACCGGGGGAUUCCCUGGUUAAGUACUAGUAGGUGGUUCUGUUGGAAGGUUUUGCCGUGAUGGUCGGG